AUGGAGCGUCGGUUUCGGUCGGCCUCUCGCACUCUCGAGGCGUCUCAUUUCCAAACUGUGAUGCAGGCGCGCUCUGAGCAUAAAUGCUGGGACCCGAAAGAUGGUGAACUAUGCCUGGUCAGGUCGAAGUCCGGGGAAACCUGGAUGGAGGACCGCAGCGAUUCUGACGUGCAAAUCGAUCGUCGGAACUGGCCAAGGGAACGGGCUUGGAAAAAUCAGCGGGGAAAGAAGACCCUGUUGAGCUUGACUCUAGUCUGGUAUUGUGAGGAGACGUGA